AUGCUCUCAGUUAACGAGCAAACGUUUUACUACGUAUUUUUCAUCCUUCAAAUUCCCAUAAUCGUUUUUAUUGAUUCUGCAUCUGUACUACCCGAGAAAUACCACCUGGCACCAAACGUGCUUAACUGGUAUAUAAACUACAAUAAUGACUUUCUAUUAUAUGAAAACCCAAUCUGGUUCCAAUGGUUUGUGGUAGUUGAUCUUAUCUUCCAGCUACCAUUUUUCAUCUAUAUUACACGUAGUUUCAACAAGUUAUGGAUGAUUCGUCAUAAGAAGGGCGAGAAGCCUAAGCCCGCUGCUCAAGAUCUGUGGCGUAAAAUGUCUAUUGCACUACGUUUAUACGGAUUGAAUGCUUCCUUCACCACUUUCAUUUGCAUCUGGAACAUCUUAGCAAGAGCAUACUAUCCCCUUACAGGACUUCCAAUGUCAUCAUCGGAUAAACUAUGGCUUUUGGGCUUGUAUGUUCCUUACUUCAUCAUUCCGUUUAGGCUAUUGUUUGUCUAA